AUGUUGAAUCGCAAGAUUAAACAAACACAAGACGGAAGAUUAGAGAUUAGUGCCUAUAGGAAACCUACCCAUUCGAAUCGUUACUUAGUCUUUAAAUCCUCCCACCUCAUUUCAGUUAAAGUAGGCCUAGUUAAAUCCUUAAGUGAUAGAGAGAAACAGCUUACUAGUGGACUGGGAAAUCUGCGACAAGAAAUUAGACACAUUAAGAAUACCCUACAUCUCAAUAAUUACCCACUUAAGUUUAUAAAUAAAUUUAUAGGAAACCAAAAUAAAAAUAUUAGCAGUAGUAAUACAGGUGUUAUUGAUAAUAAUUCCCCUACUAAUGGUAAUAAUGGUGACAGGGUUGAGAGAGAAUUCUAA